GGCACGUGGCGGCGGAGCUUGCAUCACGUGGGUGCAGUUUUCUUUUUGGAUUCUGCGAUGCGUUUGGACAGAUCGCACCACAUCGCAUCGCAGCGGCGGAAUCAGCCGGUGCUCAAAUCCACCUCCAGCAGCCCCGCCAGCAUGAGAUUCAAGAGCGGUCCGCGGUCCCUGCCGAGCGCACAAGCGUCAUCCAAGAAGGCCGCCGAGUAUGAUCUGCCGCCCAACCUGCGCCCGUCAUCCCGGCCCAAGUCGUCGGGAUCCUCCUCCUCCAGCUCCACAGCGCAACCCAAGAGCAGCCAGCAGCAACAAAAGCACAAUCAAAAGCAGAAGCACAAUCAAAAGCAGCAGCAGCAGCAACCCACGAAAUCAGCGCAGGCCACCGUUCAGGGCAAUGUCGGCGACACCCACGUCUUCUACGACGAUCCGCUCCCGAAAAAGUUUCAGUAUCUGAUGAAGCGCAUGGCCAAGCUGGAGUCGACCGGGACAUCGACCAAUGGGCCCGCACAGGCGACAGACUCGAAGAAGCGCAAGUCCAAGGAAGACGGGCAGAGCCAGGCCAACAAAGCCAGCAAGCUUGAAAACGGAGCAUCGGCCAAGUCUGCGGCAGAGUCAAACGCAGCAGCCAAGUCGACCAAAGAGACGAAACAAUUGCCCGGCGAGAGUCUCCGCGACUAUCACAAACGACUCGAUGACAGCGUUCGCAAGGCAGUCAACGAUGCUGUCCAGUCUGAGUUUCGGAAACGAACCAAGCGCAAGGAAUGGCAGAAGCAACGUAAGCUCAAGCUCCAGGCCAAGAAGCGAGGCGAGACAGGAAAGGACAUUGAUUUGGAGCAGAAGCUCCAAGACACGGUCGAGUUUGGACAGGUCGUCCAAGCGCCACCGUCGAUCUCCGUGAUACCCCGCAAGAUUGGAGGAAAGAAGACGGCGACACAGGACGAUGUCGAGAAGCUGAGGGCACUGAUGAGCGGCAAGGACGAAGAGUCUGAGGCUGGAUCCGGGUCUGGGUCCGAGGAGCCGCAGCACGAAGCCGCCAAGACAGCGCGCAGACCCGGAGACGACAAGCCCGCAGUGAAGGCGGUCGGCCGCAAGCGCAAGCUCAAGACGCUGCCCAUGGCCGAGCAGGUCCGCCUGACACAAGAGCGAGAGCGGGCGAUCCAGAUCUACCGCGACCAGAAGAAACGGAAGGAGCAGGCCUUUGGGGAGUACCAGAAGCGCGAGGUGUACGAGGGCUUCCAGAGCUGAUGGCGAGCAGUGUCCAAGAGCAGCGCCCGAGAGCAGCGUCCAAGAGCAGCAAAUACACCGAAUCUAUCUGCCACACGGCGCCCACGGAGCAAUG